AAUAAUGAAAAGAGUUUAUACAUAUGAGUUGCUAUGAAAUUCGGGCGGCUGCUGUAUGUGAUCGUUACCAAAUGUGCCGCCGGCAGUUGCAUAUGAAAAGGCUGUGAGAAAUGAGCUUGUGAUAUACGUAUUUUGUGACGAGUGAUUUUUAGUGAAUUUUUAAGUGGAAUUUGUGGAAUUUUUAGCAGCAAAAUGCCGCCACGAAAACAUAAAAACAAAAAGAAGCAUCACCAACAACAGCAGCAGCAACAACAACAGUCGUCGGCGAAAUCUAACAAUAAAAGCUCUCCAUCCGAAAUUGAAAACGCGAAUGAGUCUUGUGAUUCAACAUCCAAGCAGCUUCCCUAUAGAAUUGAAAAGUCAACCAUAUUGGGUCGCUACUUGGUAGCGAAUCGCGACUUAAAAGCCGGUGAGUUGCUCAUUACCGAGGAACCUUUAGCCAUUGGGCCGUGUGUUUCAGCGGAUGCCGUGUGCUUGGGUUGUUAUAUGCCCGUGGAGCUGCAGGCAACACAAUAUCGCUGCCCGUCCUGCAAAUGGCCUAUGUGUGGACCGAAAUGCCGUGGAUUGCAACAGCCCACCGGACACACCGCUGCGGAAUGUGAACUGCUGCGUACGCACAAUUUGGGCGCAGCACUCACCGCCGUUGCGGAUAAACCCGAUUUGGUCAAGAACUACUAUGAACUCAUACUGAUUGUACGCAUCUUCCUGCUCAAGCAACAUGCGCCCGAUAAAUACGAUAACAUCCUGAAAAUGGAAUCACACACGGAGCUGCGUAAAAACAACAUCGAAUUGUGGCAAUACUACGAGCAGAAUGUGGUGCAACGGCUGCAGCGGGAUUGGGGUAUGGCGGCGUUCACAGUCGAGGAGAUACACAACAUUUGCGGCAUUCUGGAUGUGAAUUGCUUUGAGAUCGGUCAGAACUCGGCUAAAGCGCGUUGUCUGUACACGAGCGCCUUUUUGUUGGCGCACGAUUGCUGUCCGAACACAGCGCAUACCGAUGAUCCGCACAGUUAUGCGAUUAUUUUGCGCACAUCCCGUGCGAUACGUAAGGACGAUGGGAUUACGCUGAGCUAUGCUUAUACGCUGCAGGGCACCUUGAAGCGUCGUGAAUUCAUGCAUGCUGGGAAAUUAUUCUGGUGUUGCUGUCAACGUUGCGCCGAUCCGAAGGAGCUCGGCACGGACUGUAGCGCAUUGAUGUGUCCGAAGUGUAAGAGUGGGUCGGUGCGUUCGGUGGAGCCGUUGAAUCAGACGGCGGCGUGGAAAUGUGAUCGCUGUGAGUAUACACUCAAAUCGACGGAGAUUGUUAAACUAUUAGACGCAAUAAAUAUGAAUUUGGAGAGCAUAGAUGCACAUAAUAUACCAGGACUGGAGGGUUUUUUGAAAAAAUAUGAGCGUGUUCUGGGACCUAAUCACUAUCUCCUACUCUCAGCGAAAUACUCUCUCUGCCAAAUCUAUGGUCGCAUUGAAGGUUAUCUGCUACAUACAAUGCCGCUGGAAAAUGUAGAGAAGAAAGAAAACUAUUGUCGCCACUUCUUGAGUAUGAUAAAUGUGCUGGAACCAGGGCUAACGCGUUUGAGAGGUCUCAUUUUAUACGAACUACAUGGUGCCAUAAUGAUGCGUUCACAGCGUUUGAUGAUGACUGGUGGCAUAAGUGAAGCAGAAUUUAAGCGUAACAUUAAAGAGGUCGUGAGAUGUUUGCAAGAGAGUCGCGAUAUUCUGCUGUUAGAGCCGAUUGGUUCGAAUGAACAUGAAAUGGGCGUGGCAGCGGCGGGAGCACUAGCGGAAAUGGGUGUAAAGUGAAGAGGACACGAUCGCU